CUCCUAUCCGCUCUUUCUCCUGUCAGCGCUUCCGUGUCUGCCACACGCGCAUUAUUGGAGCGCGCUCCCGGUUUUCUUCCCGUUGACACCCGAAUUACCUGCACCCAGGCACCAUGAAUGAGGAAUACGAUGUGAUCGUGCUGGGUACCGGCCUGACGGAAUGCAUCCUAUCUGGGAUAAUGUCUGUGAAUGGCAAGAAGGUGCUACACAUGGAUCGCAACUGUUACUACGGAGGAGACAGUGCUUCCAUUACACCUCUAGAAGAUCUGUACAAAAGGUUUAACAUCCCUGGAACUCCUCCAGAAAGCAUGGGGCGUGGGAGAGACUGGAACGUGGAUCUUAUUCCUAAAUUUCUUAUGGCUAAUGGUCAGUUAGUGAAGAUGUUGCUUUACACAGAAGUUACUCGCUACCUGGACUUCAAAGUCAUCGAGGGAAGUUUUGUCUAUAAAGGUGGAAAAAUCUAUAAGGUGCCUUCAACCGAAGCAGAAGCUCUGGCAUCCAGUCUGAUGGGUUUGUUUGAGAAGCGACGGUUUAGAAAGUUCCUCAGCUAUGUUGCCAGCUUUGAUGAGAAUGAUUCAAAGACGCUGGAAGGAGUUGACCCCAAGAAAACCACCAUGCGGGAGGUGUACAAAAAGUUUGACCUGGGGCAAGAUGUUAUUGAUUUUACUGGUCAUGCGCUGGCCCUCUACAGGACAGAUGAGUAUUUGGAUCAGCCCUGUCUUGAGUCUAUUAACAGGAUAAAGCUUUACAGUGAAUCUCUUGCUCGAUAUGGCAAAAGCCCUUACCUUUAUCCACUCUAUGGCCUUGGAGAGCUGCCGCAAGGGUUUGCAAGACUAAGUGCUAUUUAUGGAGGGACCUAUAUGCUAAAUAAACCAAUAGAGGAACUGGUGAUGGAAAAAGGCAAAAUUGUUGGUGUAAAAUCUGAAGGAGAGAUUGCGCGCUGCAAGCAACUCAUCUGCGACCCUAGUUAUAUUCCCGAUCGAGUCUCUAAAGUGGGUCAAGUUAUCCGUGUAAUCUGUAUCCUGAGUCACCCAAUAAAGAACACGAAUGAUGCCAAUUCUUGCCAGAUCAUCAUUCCUCAGAAUCAGGUCAACAGGAAGUCUGAUAUCUAUGUGUGCAUGAUUUCAUAUGCACAUAACGUGGCUGCACAAGGAAAAUACAUUGCUAUUGCCAGCACUACUGUUGAAACAAAUGACCCUGAGAAAGAAAUCAGGCCCGCUCUGGAGCUCCUUGAACCCAUCGAACAGAAAUUUGUUAGCAUUAGUGACAUGUAUGCGCCUACUGAUUUGGGAACGGAAAGCCAGAUCUUCAUUUCACGCACUUACGACCCCACCACCCACUUUGAAACCACCUGCAACGACAUCAAGGAUAUCUACAAGAGGGUGAUGGGUUCUGAAUUUGACUUUGAAGAGAUGAAGCGCAAGAAAAGUGAUAUCUUUGGGGAAGAUCAGUGAAGAUUUGCAUUAAGUUGAAGUAAAUUCUGAAUCUGCUACAAACAUGUAUUUCAGGAAUUUAGGAACACUGUAUGAAAAUUCAUUAAUGUAAGGCGUGCUUUUUGUAAAACCAUUUGAAACCCCCAAGUAUUGCACUGUUAAAUGCUCCUUUUUUCUGAGACAUGCUUGGAUUUACUUUUCUCAUUUAAGGGGAGGCUGCUGUCCCAAAUUAUCUAUUAUUUUUGCUUACCAAUAGUUGGUAUCUAGAGAAAGCUUAGAAUGAUUCCGGAUUGAUCCAAAGUGAUUAUCAUGCAAUGAAAUACAUUAAUACACUAUAGGCAUUUUAUCUUUUUGUAUUUUAAUUUAGCAUUCACUUUGGUUAUCUCUAUAAUGAAGGUCUCUUUUGUUUAAGCCAGUCCAUCAUUCUAAUAGUUUAUAACACAUUAUGUUAUGGGCAGUGUUUUUGUUGCUGCUUUUUUCCUUUUGUGUAUACACGACACUUUGAGACCAGCUAGGAAAGUUGAGCUGUAUACAUCUUUGUUUUAAUAUAAUAAAUUAACAGUCAAUAGUAUUAAUGCAGGCGUGACUUUUAUGCAUUUCUGUAUUCCCCCUCACCACUUCAUCAAAGGACCAAACAGAAGUGCAGUAUCUGACAGAGCCGUACCCCUUGAAGUGUUGCUUAAUAGGGUUGAAAAUGAUGUAUGUACUGCAAAGUAAAGCCAAAUUAUGGAAACUAA